CACCCGUUAGAACGUGUGCUUUAAUUCACGUGUGUCCAACAGUCACCGAUUUGACCUGCCUAAAUUCAUUACCCCAUCUGUGUAAAGCGAUCGAGUGAUCCUCUUUGGUCUGUGAUCGUGCGUGAUCUUCGUCCAGCGUUCAGCAAUCCUUCGGUGCGCGCGGUUUGUGCAUUUUGAAAAGUUUCAGUGCGCUUGCGAGAGCGUCGAUAAAAAAUUCAAAUAACACACAAACCCAAAAACGAGUGUGACGAAAAGUGGACAAUUUGCCGCUUUUCUUUCAUCCGUGCAGCAUCCGUGUGACGUAAAGAAGGGAACAAAAAAGUGUGAGAGGAAGAAGACAACAAAAAACCACCACCACCCAUAAAACAACAUGGCGCCCAAGCUCGUGCUGGUUUCAACUUUGCUGCUGGUGCUGUGCGGCUUCGAAGCAGCCAACGCGCUCAAAUGCUGGCGGUGUUCGUCAGACGCCUCAACGGCCGCUUUCUGCGACGAUCCGUUCGCUCAGGAGAUCAUCACGGAGCAGCAAAGACGCUGGAGUUACGUCGAUUGUAAUUAUCCGCCGCAGGUGAACUACCAGUACAACAACCAGAUCAACCCACAAACUCGACCGGUGUGCAAGAAAAUGAAGCAAGUCAUCAACGAUCGCGUCGUGGUGUCACGCUCCUGCUCCUUCGAGGAUGUUAAUACGCCACCAAACUCGUGCCUGAACGCUCAAACACCUUCGUACAUCAAGAACGAGUUCUGUGAGACCUGCCUCACGGACGGCUGCAAUGGUGCAUCCUCGUACGGACCGGCUUUGCUGAUGAUCCUGGCCAGUGCACUGUUCGCUAAGCUGCUUGCCUGGUAGGCGACCUGGCGUUCUCGAAUUUUCCCUUCGGCGAAUGGUGCUGAAAAGCGAGCAGCAGAUUCAUUCUCCUUCCCAGGAGUAGCGCACCAACUAGCGGCAAGGAUAGCACACACCCACACACACCCACCCACCCACCCACACAAGCAGUAUCAUUACCAAAUGGCGUACGGAUCACCGCAGAAAUUGCCUUACAUAUGUGCGCUAAAAGCGUCCAGAAACCGAACAGGGUUUGUUUCGAAACAAUUUCUCUGUCGUGGCAGAUUGCGCUAGAAUAAGAAGCAGUUAGGGUCCAGUUUUAGUUUGUGUGUUGAAAAUAACAACAAUGAGACGAUAUAAAUGUACAAAUAUUGCGAAAUGCAAAUCCCCGAUGAACCUCUCGCUCGGACGCGAUUUUCCUGCAAUUCAGCUUAGAGAAUUUGGCAUCGCCAAUCACGGAAUUGUUUUUGCUCACAAUGUUAUGUCUAUUGUCGUUGUGGCGUUUCAAAUUGAGUAGAUGUUAAGCAGGCAGUUGUCGAUUUGGAUGUUUUGCUUGAAAAUCUAGCAGCACGUGGGCGGUUUGGCACGUUACAGCAGCAGCAGCAAAUUGCAAACAGCAAAGCUAUCUUGUUCAGCAGUUAGUACUGGAGUUUUCUUCUUUUGUUUUUGAAUUUUUGCUAGGUCCGCAAAAGUUAAUCGUUUCCCAGCGCAUAUUUCGCAAGUUGUAGCGUGCAAACGCUAGCUCAGUUUAAAUUUGAUCAUUCUACAUCACAUCACUAACGUUUAAAAUGUACAUAAGUUUUAAAGAAGAUAGUAAAUAAAGUUACACCGAACAACAAUCGU